UGCAGAUAGGUUUACGCGUUGUUGAUUGUCACCUAGCUCACGAUGGAAGAGUCUUCUUAUCAGUGGGAGCUACUAGACGGCGAACCCAGCCAGUCCAGUCAACAGUUGCAGGAGAACGUCGAAGUUGCAAACGCAUCAGUCGACAACAAAGCUGUUGUAGAUGAUCUAAGCUACGGAGAUGAGGAGGAAUUCGUAGUGCUGACUGAGUCGUCUGACUCAGACAAUGCAGUCAGAAAUGCGAAUGCCCCGGAAGUCGACGACGACGCACAGCAACAGAACAACCUAGACCUCAUACAGAAUAUCGCCGAUGAUGUAGCUGCACACGUAGGAGAGGGAAGAAUGGACGAGAACUGUCCGUUUGAGCAGAUGGAGACGGACGCUGCGUCAUUAGAAGGAAGUAUGGGCGGAGAUCAGCAGGCAAACGGACUGCACGCUAUGAGGGCUGGCUUGCAUGAUGUGUUGUUGAACGACGAGGUAAUGAAUGAGGAGAAUGCAAACCUAGUGGAGGUAGUGGGUCACAGAGAAGUCUUUGAUCAUGAGAAUGGGUACCAUCUUAAUGUUAUUGAGAACAUGGAUGCAGUCCCUUGUGAUGUUGAUGAUGGAGAUGAGGAGGAAAAUCCAGCUGAUCGCUUUAGGCAGUUGUGGCAGUUGGGAGGAAGUCGUGUAAUUACUUUUACUGUUUUGGGGCUGAGUUUCCUGGUUUUACUUUCGAUCUUGUAUUGGUGCAUGAUACCCAAUAAUACAACAAAACAGAAGUCGAGUUCUCAACCCUGGAAUCAUAUCACACAAUGCCCUCUGACGCAAAAUACAUCAUAUAUUGAUCAUGACGUUGGAACUGAUAGUCAUUGGAAGUUGGAGAACGAUGCCUUAAGAACCAGACUCGAUGCCUUAGAGAGAAAACACAAUGCCACAGAAAGAGACUUAGAGCAUCUGAAAGAGGAAUUAGCUGCCGCUUGGACCGCUUCUGAUGACUUUCGGAAGAAAUUUGAAUGGGAACGAGGACGAGCUCAAAUGUUCUUUGAUCUGUACAUGAGUAUGAAAAUGAAGAGUAAUGCAAACAACUGUAACCCCGAUUGGACAAAUUGUUGGCAAACUGUUGCUCGUGCUAUAAAGAGUCAAGUCAAUGGUGUUCCUGAAACUGUUAGGCAUUUCGAAGAGACGAUGCAAGGAGGGCUGAUGACGUUGAAGUCGCUUGGACUGAAUGUAACCGAGGGAAUCCAGUCAGCAUUUGCUAGUUUUCUAAAAGGCUUUACUGGUCAUUCUGCCAAAGACAAAAAAUGGGAGAAGGCAGAGAACUGGAAGUCAAGCAACUGGGAUGAACAAAGGGGACGGACGCCUGACUAUUACAAGGACAAGUCUUUCGAUCAGUCCGGAGGCAAGAUACCCAGAAAUCCAACCAGCAAGAGAAAUAAAAACAAUCGCAAGGGUCAAUACAUGCCUAGUGGUCGGCAUCCAGGUGUUGUAACACAAAAAGGGAAAAAGUUAUUUAUGUUCCACCAACAAAUGCAGAAACUUAACAUAAUGAGUAAAUAUUUACCUCGCAAUUUGCAUAGUUGUAAGCACGCCAAGAAAGCACAUCCGAGAUACUUCAAACGAAGGGAUCAGUGUUGGAAAUGUGCAUUCUGUAGACAUUAGACGACAAAGCUAGUGGAGUUGGAGGUUUCUGUGUUCUAGAUUUUAUGUUUGCUGUACAAGUAGAGUCAAUUAAUUUUUAGUGAUGUGUAAAUAUCAACGAGAACAGACUCUUCA